CUGUCCAAAGUUUCAAAAAUGUUUCUUGUGUAUUAUUUUUUGUUCUUUGUUUUUGGAGCUUCUAAUGCACUAGAUACAAUAGCACCAAAUCAGUCCAUCAAAGAUGGUCAGACUCUAGUUUCCGCCAGAGGAAUCUUUGAACUGGGAUUUUUCAACCCAGGUAACUCAUCAAAGCGUUACUUGGGAAUAUGGUACAAGAAAGAUACUCAGACAGUUGCAUGGGUGGCCAACAGAGUAACUUCACUCUCUGAUCUGUCAGGAAUUCUAAAUGUCACUGAUCAAGGGAAUCUUGUACUACUAGAUGGAAAAGAUAGAGUGAUUUGGUCAUCAAAUAUAUCUGGAUCAAUGAGAUAUCCUGUUUUACAGCUCUUAGAUUCAGGAAAUCUUGUUGUGAAAGAUAGAAACGAUAGCCAUCCAGAGAACUUUUUGUGGCAGAGUUUUGACCAUCCUUGUGACACCUUACUACCAGGGAUGAAGCUCGGAAGGAACUUCAAAACUAGAAUGGAUAGGUUCCUUUCGUCCUGGAAAAGCACAGAAGAUCCUGCUCCAGGCCAAUUUUCUGUGUGGAUUGAUUCAAAUGGAUUUCCACAACUAGUUCUCAGGGAAGGAGCAGCCAUCCAGUAUAGAGCUGGCUCGUGGAAUGGCGUUGGUUUUACCGGGACUCCUGCGCUGAAACCAAACGAUCCUGUAUGUGAUUUUAAAUUUGUACUGAAUGAGAAUGAGGUCUAUUAUAAGUGUGACCCCACGAAUUCCUUAGUUUCAAGGUUAUGGGUAAAUCAAACAGGUAGUAUUGAGCGCUUAAUACUAAGCUCUCAAAGAAAAACUUGGUUGCAUGCCUAUUCUGCCCCAGUUGAUCAGUGUGACAAUUAUUCUUUGUGUGGUGCAAAUGCUCGAUGUGAAACAAACAGCAGCCGUGUAUGUUCUUGCCUGGAAGGAUUUGUACCAAAAUCACCAGAAGGUUGGAGCUUGUCAAAUUGGACUGAAGGGUGUGUCAGAAGAGGGAGUCCAUUAGAUUGUAAAAAUGGGAAUGAAUUUAAGAUUUAUGCUGGAUUCAAGUUGCCAGACACUUCUAAUUCCUGGUUCAAUACAAGCAUGAGCGUUGAGGAAUGUAGGGAAAUGUGUUUGAGAAACUGUUCUUGCACUGCCUCUGCUAAUUCUGAUAUCAGCAAAAAAAGUGGCUGCUUGCUUUGGUUUGGUGACCUGGUGGAUAUGAGAUUACGCACUGAUGUUCAGCAAGAUCUCUUCAUAAGGAUGGUCAAUUCAGAACAAGAUCGAACGGAUAAAAGCAGAGAGGUGGGAAUCAUAGUUGGCUCUGUAGGAUUGAUGGCAAUCCUUAUGGUAGGAUUGAUAUUGUUUAUCAGGAAGAAGAAACUCAAAAAGCAAGGAAUGUUGAACAGCAACUACAAAAAAUAUAAAACUGGAGAUGGGAAAGAAGAUAUGGAGUUAUGGGUAUUUGAUAUUGCCAGUAUAGCAAAAGCGACAGACAACUUCUCAAGCAAUAACAAGCUGGGACAAGGUGGUUUUGGACCAGUAUACAAGGGUACAUUACAGGAGGGGCAAGAGAUUGCAGUUAAAAGGCUGUCAAAAAGUUCGGGACAAGGAAUCGAAGAGUUCAAAAACGAAGUUACAUUGAUUGCAAAACUUCAACACAGAAAUCUUGUAAAGCUUCUCGGUUGUUGCAUCCAGGAAGACGAAAACAUGUUAAUCUAUGAAUACAUGCCUAACAAAAGCUUGGACUUCUUUAUCUUUGAUCAAACAAGAAGCAAAUUACUCGAUUGGUUGAAGCGCAUCCACAUUAUCGGUGGAAUUGCUAGAGGAAUGCUCUAUCUUCAUCAAGACUCUAGAAUGAGGAUUAUACAUAGGGACCUCAAAGCCAGCAAUGUGUUAUUAGAUAAUGACAUGAACCCCAAAAUUUCUGACUUUGGCAUGGCCAGAAUAUUUGGGGGAGACGAAAUUGAGGCCAAUACAAAUAAAGUAGUUGGAACAUAUGGCUACAUGUCUCCAGAGUAUGCAAUUGACGGGGUUUUCUCGAUGAAAUCUGACGUAUUUAGCUUUGGAGUUUUAGUCCUAGAGAUUGUUAGUGGGAAGAAAAACAGAGGAUUUUCCCAUCCAGAUCACUACCAUAAUCUUCUUGGACAUGCAUGGAUACUUUGGAAAGAGGAAAGGCGACUGGAACUAGCUGUGGACACAUUAGGUGAGUCUCGCCCGCCACCUGAGGUGUUGAGAUACAUUCAUGUGGGUUUGUUAUGCGUGCAACAACGACCAGAAGACAGGCCAAGCAUGUCAUCUGUGGUUCUAAUGUUGGGAAGUGAGUGUUCAUUGCCUGACCCAAAGCAACCUGGGUUUUUUUCAGAAAGAAAUCUGUUUGAACCUGAGUCUUCAUCAGGCAACACUCACUCAUGUACCACAAAUGAACUCACUCUUUCUACUUUGGAGGCAAGGUAAAACAUCACCAAUUGUCAUAAAAAUUUGUCUUAAGAGUCCUUACAUAUCCAAAUAACCUGUUACAUGGUUAUUAAACUAGUCUGUUGUAAAAUAUGUUUGUUUGUAAAACUUUUAUUAUACCGUAAUUGUUUGUUGUUACAAGUGUUUGCUUUAGAAGAUAAAAAGGUUGGCGAUGAAUUUCAAGUCUAUCUCAGUAGUUAAAGAUUUCAAGUCAUCAAGAUGAGAUGAAGACAAACGGAUUUAUUUUAUAAUAUUAAAAAUACGCUGAUACCCUGAAGUAAGAGUCA